UAAGAGAAAAAGCUAGGACAGAGCAGCAAGUGCUGUGCCGUUCCCCUCUGGUCUGAGGAAGUGCAGACUGGAAACUGUCACUGCAGAGACAACAUGAGCGAGCGACAAGGAGCGGGUGCAACCAAUGGAAAAGACAAGACAUCUGGUGAGAAUGAUGGGCAGAAGAAAGUUCCCGAAGACUUCGACAUCGACAUGGACGCACCAGAGACAGAGCGUGCGGCCGUGGCCAUUCAGUCCCAGUUCAGAAAAUUCCAGAAGAAAAAGGCAGGCUCCCAGUCUUAGUACUCUCUCUACCUCAGAGUCUACCCCCAACACACAGAACUCCUCCAUCCCCUGUUAGAAAAUUAAAAAAAAACACAACGAACCCCACCCAAACCUAAAAUGCAUGUACAGAAGCUCGUGAUAUUUAUAUCCCUGUAGGAAGGUGUGAAACAAAUGAGCCCGUGAGUGGUUUAAUCUCUGUGUUUAGUUCCAGACCCCUUCCUUCUGUAACCACCUAUUUUACUUGAUGUUGUAAUAAACCGGAGCUAAAAUGAGUAAUUAAA